AUGUUUCGUAAAUCAUUCAGUCAAGCAUGGCUCGCAGGUGCUUCUAUACAUGCGGCAGCGGACUCGAAAUUGAAGACCAGCGCUGUUACAGAUACUGCUAUGCCUCUAACGUUCACGACGAGUGGAACGUUCCAAAUAUCCAUAUUUGAAGAUCUCCACUUUGGGGAAAACGCAUGGGAAUCAUGGGGUCCACGGCAAGAUAUAAACUCUGUCAGGGUUAUGAAUGAAGUCCUUGAUCACGAGACACCGAGCUUGAUUGUGCUCAACGGAGAUCUAAUUACCGGUGAGAACACAUACUUUGAGAACAGCACGGAGUACGUUGACCAGAUUGUUGCUCCACUGGUGGCGCGCAAUCUGUCUUGGGCUUCGACCUACGGUAACCACGACUAUGACUUCAACGUAACCGGAUCAACUAUCCUCGCUCGCGAACGUCAGUGGCCUAACUCACGCACUCAGCAGAUGGUUUUUGGUCCCCAAUCUGGGGUAUCCAACUACUAUCUUCCGGUCUAUGACUCAUCGUGUAGCACCUGGGGAUGCGCACCCGACCUUGUACUCUGGUUUUUCGAUUCUAGGGGCGGGUGGCUAUACCAGACGCUUGAUAAUGCAAGUCAAAAGAUUGGACAGCCCAAUUGGGUUGACCAGAGUGCAGUGGAUUGGUUUCAAGCAACAAGCUCCGAGCUCAGGAACAGGCACGGCAAAGUCAUCCCGUCGCUUGCAUUUGUGCAUAUACCAACGAAUGCUUCACUAGCUCUUCAGCAAGCUGGGGUAGAUCCUCACCGUCAACCUGGAAUCAAUGAUGACAUUCCACUUUCCCAACAGGCACAGGGCUGGUGUUCCGACGGCAGCAACGAUGCUGGCUGCGUUUACGGAGAACAAGACACAGCAUUCAUGCAAGCGCUUGUCUCAACACCUGGCCUUAUAGCAGUCUUCUCUGGACAUGACCACGGCGAUACAUGGUGCUACAAAUGGGAUACGCUCCUUCCCGGAAUGUCUGUAACAGGCAACGGCAUCAAUAUGUGUUUUGGGCAGCAUUCUGGAUAUGGUGGCUACGGAAGUUGGGAGCGCGGCGCGCGACAAGUGUUCAUAAGGCAGGACAAGCUCCAGGAUUUGGACAUUGAUACUUGGAUACGUCUAGAGUCCGGAAGCGUGGUUGGAAGUGUCUCACUCAAUUCCACAUAUGGCCAUGAUAGCUAUCCGGCAACACCAGAUACUUAG